GCCUGCUCGGCCAUUCCAUUUGUAGCCUUCCCCAUGUUUCCAUCUACCGACUGCAACCCAUGACCGGAUCACCCUCUCCUGCCUCGCAUCUGCAGUGCCUACCUUCCCUCUUCCUCCAUUAUUAAUGCCCUCCUCCUCCCCCCACCCUCUCCGAUAGAUCAGCUACGCGAGCCUCUCCAACAUGACGCUCCUGGGUUGGAUGCACCGGAAGCUGCGAAGCAAUAACGACGUCUUCAAAGAGUUCAACACCACCGGAGGCGGGGCCUGCAACUGCAUCGCUGGACUAGCCUCGCAGGACCACGAGUACUACGAUGAUGAUGCUUUCGUCGCCAACCAUCCUUCACCGCCGGUCAACGCCGACGACCUCUUCACCUUCGGCGGCAGCGGCCUCCUUACCAUUGGCACGCUAGGGUUCGCCGCCAUUAAUGUCCCCGGAGAAGACGAGGGCCACGAAGACUAUGAUGUUGAUGAUGACGACUGCGUCGACAUUGACCUUGACAACAUCGAUGGCACCAUCGACGAAGUUAACGAUGGCAAUGUUGAUGAUGGUGCUCUCACACCUACCUUCACCUUCCCCCAGCUUGAGUCCACCACCGCGGAGAAGGUGAUGGUCAGCGUCGAGGCGAUCGCGGAAAAAGAUGACGUCGCCACCACGGAGGACGAACUCAUGCUGGUGAGCGCUGAGUUGGAGAAGGUCCUCGGGGGCAGCAACGUGCCGUCGGCACGGGUAAGCUUCGCCAUGGGCAUCGAUUGCCCACUGCAGGGCUUCCUACUUGGUUCCCCAGUGUGCAGCGACACUGAAUCAUGGCCAGAGAAGCCAAACGGCGGUGGACGUCGUGCCUCGCUCGGUGAGUUGUUCAUGCGGACACGCUUCACGGAAGAGAAGGGGGCCCUAGUCGCCGUCCAGGAGAGCGAGGAUGGUGGUGAGAGGGAGGAAGGGAAAGUAGGGAAAGGCGGAGACGGCGGUCACAAAAGGACGAAGAAGUGGAGGGUGAAGGAUGAGAAAGGCGCUGGCGGCGACGGAGUGCCAGCCAGUGCAACGGCCAAGAGCAAGUUUCAAAAGAUCCUGAAAAUCUUCCACAGGAAAGUCUACCCUGAAAGCACUAUGCUGACCAAGAAGAACCGCAAGCGGGGUACCCCAGACAACGGCGGCGGUGGCGGUGCCACCGACGAGUCGGUGCCCUCACCGACUCCGAAGAAGACCGGGCCACGCAGGCUGAGCUUCGGCUGCUGCUGCACGAAGCGCUCCUUCAGCGCCUCCCCUGUUGACGACGGCGGUGAGGAGCUCAACGGCGACAAGAGCGGCCACUGGAUCAAGACCGACGCAGACUACCUGGUACUGGAAUUAUAGAUGGAUGCAAGGAAGAAUCAACAACUGCUGGCCUGAAUGUGAUGAUGAACGACUGGAUCAUAUAUAGUGAGUGUGUAUCAUAUGUGUUUUCAAUCCUUAUCCCCCUGAAUGUGUUGUAUGUGUCAAGAUCAUAAAGAGAGAAAACGACUGUGAAAUUAUAUCAUGUCAAUCAAGUGUGUGGUGAUGUGUACAAGUCCCUGUGGGCUUGUGACAGAGAUCACCACGACGUGUACUAAGAUUUGAUUUGCCUCCUGUUGAUGCGAUUGGUGCUUUGGGAACUUA